AUGUCAUUAGUAUGGUAUGAAGUGUGCUUACCUUUCUCUUUUCUCUUUCCUUUUUAUCCUCCCCUCUGCUGUCUUUUUCUUCUCUUAGGAAAUCCCAGUCAAAUAUCUCGAGUGCCUGUUGCUAUCAAAGUUCUUGAUGUAAAUGACAACGCUCCUGAACUUGUGUCCGGGAAUGAAGCCUAUUUAUGCGAAAAUGGAAAAACUGGAAAAGUCAUUCAUACCAUGAGAGUAAUUGACAAAGAUGACCCCAAAAAUGGACACUAUUUUGUUUAUAACCUUCCAUCUGAAAUGGCCAACAACCCUAAUUUUACAAUUAAGGAAAAUGAAGAUAACACGUUCAACAUUUUGACCAAACGCAACGGAUUCAGCCGGCAGAAACAAGAAGUCUAUUUUUUACCCAUCAUCAUCAGUGACAGUGGGAAUCCUCCAAUGAGUAGCACUAGUACUCUUACCAUCAAGGUCUGUGGCUGCAGCAAUGAUGGCAUUGCCCAGUCCUGCAAUGCUGAAGCUUAUGUCCUCCCUAUUGGUCUCAGCAUGGGUGCUUUAAUAGCAAUUCUGGCCUGCAUCAUUUUGCUUUUAGUCAUUGUGGUGCUUUUUGUAACGUUACGGAGACAUAAGAAUGAGCCUCUGAUUAUCAAAGACGAUGAAGACGUGAGAGAAAACAUCAUCCGAUACGAUGACGAAGGGGGCGGCGAAGAGGACACCGAAGCGUUCGAUAUCGCGACGCUGCAGAACCCAGACGGAAUAAAUGGAUUUUUACCCCGUAAGGAUAUUAAACCUGAUCUUCAAUUUAUGCCCAGGCAGGGCCUGGCACCAGUCCCUAAUGGGGUUGACGUUGAUGAAUUCAUCAACGUUAGACUCCACGAGGCUGAUAAUGACCCCACAGCUCCUCCGUAUGACUCAAUUCAGAUAUAUGGUUAUGAGGGAAGAGGAUCGGUGGCUGGUUCCUUAAGUUCUUUAGAGUCAUCAACUUCAGACUCAGAUCAGAAUUUUGACUACCUCAGUGAAUGGGGACCCCGUUUUAAAAGACUUGGGGAAUUAUAUUCACUGGGGGAAAGUGACAAAGAAACUUGACAGUGGAUUACAAAUGUUCACUUUUUUUUCCCAGUCUUGACUUAAAACUCUCGUGUA